CGUGCCUAAAAUCUGAUUCAGUAUUAAGUAUUCACUCAGUGCUUAUUUUGAAAUAUUUUAAUUCUUUACGUAAAAAUAGCUUUAUUCAGCCAUCUAAUUUAUUUUAUAAUUGUUUUUAAUAUCGCAUGAACCUUGUUAAACUGAUUUUACAACUGAACAAUAUAGAUAUUACUUUAUGAUUAUUUGUAAUAACAUAACCAUAACAAUAAAAAAUGAGUAGUAGCAGUUUGUUAGAAAAUGAUCAAGGUGAAAAUUAUAUUCAAGAUCCUUCAAUUUCAUCAACAGCUACCUGUAUAAAACCGAGGGUUGUAUACAUUCGGCCCGAAUUUGCUGGACUGUAUAACUCCCCACUUCCAAAUGCACAUCAGGUAACAAAAACCGCAGGACUGUCCACAUCCAAGGCUUUGAUUCUUGUUGGAAUUAUUUUUCUAUCAUCACUUAUGAUAUUAUCAUAUCUUUAUAAACAGUCCCCAGAUUUAGAGGAACAUGAGAAGAAACAUAUAAAGUUACCUUGGGACCUAGAAGAUGCGAAACAGUUAGGAUUAGUAUUGGACAGAUAUAAAGACAAGUAUUUUUACCAAGUAUUGAUAGGAGUAUUUUUGGUAUAUAUUUUCUUGCAAACAUUUGCAAUCCCCGGAUCUUUAUUUUUGAGCAUUCUUUCAGGAUUUUUGUUUCCAUUUUAUUUAGCAUUACUGCUUGUAUGCUGUUGUUCGGCGAUUGGUGCAAGUUUGUGCUUCUUUUUGUCACAUUUACUUGGAAAGAGACUUGUUAAACGAUUUUUUCCUGAAAGGGCAGCGCAGUGGUCCAUCACUGUUGAGAAACAUAAAAAUAAUUUGCUCAAUUACAUGAUAUUUUUGAGAGUGACACCAUUUUUACCAAAUUGGUUUAUCAAUUUGACUGCACCUGUGAUUGGGGUACCAUUAGUCCCGUUUGCCUUGGGAACAUUUAUUGGUGUGGCACCUCCAUCAUUCGUCGCUAUUCAAGCAGGCCAAACCCUUCAUACGCUCACAUCGACCAGAGAAGCUUGGUCUUGGACAUCUGUUACAAUUCUAAGUGCCUUUGCUCUUAUCUCAUUAGUGCCUGUUCUACUCAAGCAAAGGCUUAGAGAGAAAUUCGAAUAGUGUAAUAGUAAAAUUAAAUCCAUUUGUGAUGUAACAUUGAUGAUCAAAUGCCAAUGGUUAGCGUAAUUGUUGUAUAAAAUGAAAUUUAUUUAUUUUAGAAUAUAUUAUAUGUAAUUUAAUUGACAUUCCAUUUGGA